AUGACCAACACCAAAAACAUCCGCCCCCUCUCCCGCUACAUAACCACCCACGACCCCACCACCAACAAAGCCAUCUUCUCCACCACCCUCUCAGAAACCAUGCCGGUGCAACAAAUCCAAGACUCCGCCAACGCCCAAUUCUCCCUCGCCUACACCACCGAUUCCUUCCCCGCAAAUCUCACCGACGAGGCCGACAUCCCCGCCUACGCCUCCUACCUGACCAACCCCCCGGGAAUCACCAUCUCCACGGGCUCGGUGUGUCGCAUUGUGGAUAUGCCGCCGCAUGCGCUGAGUCCGAUGCAUCGCACGGUGUCGGUGGAUUAUGGGGUUGUGUUGGAGGGGGAGGUUGAGUUGGUCUUGGACUCGGGGGAGACGAGGUUGUUGAAGAGAGGGGAUGUGGCGGUGCAGAGAGGUACGAAUCAUGCUUGGAGGAAUGUUACUCCUGAUGGGGAGAAUGGGGAGGGGAGCUGGGCUAGGAUGUUGUAUGUGUUGUUGCCUGCGAAGGGGUUGGGGGAGGGGUUGAAGGAGGAUUUGGGCGGGAUUCAGGUUAGAGAUAGUACUUAG